CGUAUCAACCGACCUCCUCCCAUAAAUUUCCUGUCUCAGAAUUCGCAAGUCAGAAACCACCGGCACCGACGACCACCGUAGAAGCUUCUUCCGGCGGUUGAUUGUUUCAUUUCCGAAAGUCGGCGUAGGUCAUCUUCCUUUCAGCUUUCUCAACUACGGUAAUCAUUCAGGUAUACAUUCUUGAGGGAGGAUUCCAUGAUGGAAAGUAUAUGGAAAUCAAAAAUCUUAGAUAACCUAUGCUCUGGAGAUUACUUAUCAAUUUGGAGAGACUAUGGCACAGUAGGGAUUGUGGGAACAAUUUUUAUUGGCAUUCUCAUAGCAUUCUUACUUCCUAGUAUCUUUUUGGUAAAGAAGAGGUGGAAACAAAGAGGAGUUCCUGUGGAAGUUGGUGGGGAGCCAGGUUAUGCUGUGCGUAAUGCUCGAGUGGCUAAACUUUCUCAAGUUCCUUGGAAAGAGGCCACAACCAUGGCAACACUGUUUGAGCAAUCAUGCCGAAAGCAUUCACAAAAUAAAUUUCUUGGAACAAGAAAGUUUAUUUCCAAGGAAUUUGUCACUUCUAGUGAUGGUAGGAAGUUUGAGAAGCUUCACUUAGGUGAAUACGAAUGGCAAACUUAUGGAGAAGUGUUUGAUCGUGCUUGCAACUUUGCAUCUGGGCUUGUUAGGUUUGGCCAUGAUGUUGAUUCUCGUGCUGCCAUUUGUGCAGAAACUUGUGCUGAGUGGUUGAUUGCCUUCCAGGGAUGCUUUAGACAGAACAUUACUGUGGUUACAAUAUAUGCUUCUCUUGGUGAUGAAGCCCUAAUCCACUCUCUAAACGAGACUGAAGCAUCUACUCUGAUCUGCAAUUCAAAGCAGUUGAGGAAGCUGCUGGCAAUAGGUUCAAGUUUGACAACUAUUCAAAAUAUUGUUUAUUUAGAAGAUGCUGGAUAUGAAACUGAUUUUAUUACCUCUGAAAAUAUGAGCAAAUGGAAGGUCGCCUCCUUCUCUGAGAUCAUCAAGCUUGGUACAGAAAAUCCCGUUGCUCCAAGCUUGCCUUCAAGUCACAGUAUUGCUGUUGUGAUGUAUACGAGUGGCAGUACAGGUUUGCCAAAGGGGGUUAUGAUUAGUCAUGGCAAUAUUGUAGCCACUGCUGCAGGUGUUAUGACAGUUAUUCCAAGACUUGGUUUUGAUGAUGUAUAUUUGGCAUACUUGCCCCUUGCCCAUGUUCUAGAAUUGGCAGCUGAGACUGUUAUACUGUCUGCAGGAUUGGCAAUCGGUUAUGGUUCGCCAUUAACUAUGACGGACACUUCGAAUAAAAUAAGGAAAGGAACAAAGGGAGAUGUUUCUGUUUUAAGACCUACACUCAUGACUGCAGUUCCAGCUAUCUUAGACCGUGUUAGAGACGGCAUUUUGAAGAAGGUUGAAGAGAGGGGAGGCUUAGUGAAGAAACUCUUCCACAUCGGAUAUAAUCGCCAAUUGGCAGCUUUGGAGGGAAGCUGGUUUGGAGCUUGGGGACUGGAAACAAUGUUUUGGAAUGUUCUCAUCUUCAAAAAAAUACGUUCAGCACUUGGAGGACGUGUUCGGUUCAUGCUUUGUGGUGGGGCUCCUCUAUCAGGAGAGUCUCAACGAUUUUUCAAUAUUUGCAUGGGGGCUACAAUUGGUCAAGGGUAUGGUCUGACAGAAACAUUUGCUGGAGCUGCUUUUUCCGAAUGGGAUGACACAAGUGUGGGACGUGUUGGGCCUCCUCUUCCUUGUUGCUUCAUUAAGCUCGUUUCUUGGGAAGAAGGUGGCUAUAGGACGACCGACAGACCAAUGCCAAGAGGAGAGAUUGUUAUUGGGGGUACUUGCGUUACUGCUGGUUACUUAAAGAACCCUGAAAAAACUAACGAGGUCUACAAGGAUGAUGAGAAAGGCAUGCGCUGGUUUUACACUGGAGAUAUAGGAACAUUCCAUCCUGACGGAUGCCUUGAGAUCAUAGACAGGAAAAAGGACAUCGUUAAACUUCAGCAUGGAGAGUAUGUAUCUCUUGGGAAGGUCGAGGCAGCCCUUCUGUCAAGCAAGUACGUGGACAAUGUUAUGGUGUAUGCGGACCCCUUUCACAAUUAUUGUGUUGCUCUUGUCGUCCCUUUGCGUCCAGCUCUUGAGAAGUGGGCCAAAGAAGCUGGCAUCAACUAUGGAGAUUAUGUUCAGCUAUGUGAGAAUGGUGAAAUCAUCAGUGAGGUUCAGAGAUCCCUUUCCAAGGUAGCAAAAGAUGCAAAGUUACAAAAGUUCGAGAUUCCUGAAAAAAUUAAGUUGGUAGCAGAUCCAUGGACCCCAGAAUCAGGAUUGGUUACUGCUGCUUUAAAGAUAAAAAGAGAACAAGUCAAGGCAGAAUUCAAGAACGCCCUUGAACAGCUAUACAAGUAAGAAAAUUCUGCCUAGUUUUUUCACUUUAUCCACACAGCACAUGGAUCUCCACGUACUUAAUAGUUGGGUUAUGAGUUACACUCCUUGCUUGACAGACCUCCCCUCCCUGAGUAUUGUAAAUAGAAAAUAGUUUGACUCUCAUCCUUAUGCUUAGAGUACAUAUUUCGAGUCGAACACGAUGCCUACUUAGGAGUAAGAAAUCGUUCGUUAUCCUCUUAUGUGAUUAUCUUUAAUUAGUUAGUUUGUAAUGCUAAUAAGUAAAUGA